UCCAUUUCCAGUAGGUGGCGGUAUUGCGCCCUGAGGCAUCGAGACUGCCGGAAAUCAACAAGCAGAAGAAGAAGAGGCGGAGGCUCCAGUCGCUGCUCUUCCGGUCCAGACGCGGUGUGUUAGCGUGUUAACGUGAAGGUCGUGAGUCCAAACUGUGAUCAACAUGUCUCUGCCCAAGCCUGUGAUGAGGGGGUUGCUGGCCAAGCGUCUGAAGUUUCACCUGCCCAUCGCUUUCGCUCUGUCUCUGGGGGCUGCAAUCGCCUUCAAGUACAUGGUGACGGAGCCCAGGAAAAAGGCCUACGCCGACUUCUACAAACAGUACGACGCCGUCAAAGAGUUCAACGCCAUGAGGGAAGCCGGCAUCUUCGAGAGCGUGCGGCCGUCAGGAGAGUGAAGCCGCGCUCGUCACUGGUUCCUGGUCCAAGGAUGAAGUUCCUUCUCUCUGCUGUGAUUCACUGAUCAGAUGUGAACUUCACUGUUCUGUUUUGUUCCUCUAAAUAAAAUAUUAUAUUAAUGUAA